AUGGACCGCAAUCGAACGUCUGAUUACGGCGAUAUGCCACCCGCCUACGAGACAUCGUCGUUCCUCUCUGAUCCCGAGUCUCCGACAAAUGCUUCACGGCUCAAUGCAGGAACUAUGCGCUUAUUACCAACCAGCGGGGAUGGCGCCGACGACUUAGCUAGUAGCCACAGGCCUUCUUCGCUUUCACAUUAUGAGCCUGAUUAUGAUGACACUCCGACCGGACAAGGUAGAAACUUUGACCAGUAUUAUGAGAUGCCCAGCGCGUCUUCGCCUUCGCGUCCGCCAUCCUCUCUGUCAAGUGCGACGCAUAUGCCGCCUCCUACAGCAAGUCUCGCAGAUACUUCUGUCUACCCAUCUAUUCCCCCACGCACAGGUUCUCCCCUUCGUCCAUGGAGUCCGUCACACAUCCGACCACCUUCCGUGUCGAGUGUCGGAUAUGAACGCCCUGACAUCAAUGGAAGCCCUCGGCCUGGUACACCCAGCUCAAGGUAUGGAGGUAGCCCCCGUCGACCAUUGCCUCCUGCUCCCUUAUUCUCUGGGCCAAGAUCGACGGCGGACACGAGCAUCGAUAUUGGCGAUGGCGCAGAGGAUCCAUUUGGUGGUGGUGGCCGAACAAUCCAUCAUGCCUCGCGCGCCAGUGUUCGAUCCUUCAUGAGCGAGUCAACGAUGCUGGGAGAUGAAAAAGAAGGCCUCGAGAAAGUCGACCUCGAUUCUUAUGACGAUGAAUCACACAUGAUGGACCCCAACCUACACCUUGGUCCCGCACCUGAAAAGCAAGGCCGUCGCGGUGUGCGAUCCACUCAGAUCCCCACCAUUCUUCACAGUUUCCUGCCCCGUCGCGAUGAGCGCGAGUUUACUCACAUGCGCUACACCGCCGUUACAUCUGAUCCAGAUGACUAUGCGGAUCGGGGGUAUAAGCUUCGCCAGCAGAUCGGUAGCACCACACGUGAGACAGAGUUGUUCAUCUGUGUUACCAUGUACAACGAGGACGAGAUCGGUUUCACCCGUACCAUGCACGGUAUCAUGCGAAACAUCAGCCACUUCUGCUCGCGAACCAAGUCGCGUACUUGGGGCCGUGAUGGGUGGAAGAAGAUCGUGGUCUGCAUUGUGGCGGAUGGACGUAAGAAGGUCCACCCGCGUACUUUGAACGCGUUGGCCGCGCUUGGCGUUUAUCAAGAAGGCAUUGCCAAGAAUAUCGUCAACCAAAAGGAGGUGCAGGCCCAUGUUUACGAGUACACCACGCAGGUUUCCCUUGACGAUGAACUGAAGUUCAAGGGUGCCGAGAAGGGAAUUGUCCCGUGUCAGGUUAUCUUCUGUUUGAAGGAACACAACAAGAAGAAGCUGAACUCCCACCGAUGGUUCUUCAAUGCUUUCGGUCGUGCCCUCCAACCCAAUAUUUGUAUUCUGCUUGAUGUUGGAACUCGCCCGGAGCCAACAGCGCUGUACCACUUGUGGAAGGCUUUUGACCAGGACUCCAAUGUUGCUGGUGCUGCUGGUGAGAUCAAGGCUGCCAAGGGCAAGAACCUACUUGGUCUGCUCAACCCCCUGGUGGCAAGUCAGAACUUCGAAUACAAAAUGUCCAACAUUCUGGAUAAGCCGCUGGAAUCGGUCUUUGGUUACAUUACUGUGUUGCCUGGUGCACUCAGUGCCUACCGAUUCUUCGCUCUGCAGAAUGACGCCGAUGGCCAUGGCCCGCUCAACCAAUAUUUCAAGGGUGAGACUCUGCAUGGUCAAGAUGCAGACGUUUUCACUGCCAACAUGUAUCUGGCUGAGGAUCGUAUUCUUUGCUGGGAGUUGGUCGCCAAGCGAGAAGAGAGAUGGGUCUUGAAGUUCGUCAAGAAUGCUGUUGGAGAGACUGACGUGCCGGACUCGGUUCCUGAGUUUAUUUCCCAGCGUCGAAGAUGGCUGAAUGGUGCCUUCUUCGCGGCUGUGUACUCCAUCUUCAAUGCUAAGCAGAUCUGGAAGACGGAUCAUACGGUUGCACGGAAGAUCUUGCUUCACAUCGAGUUUGUUUAUCAAUUCCUUAAUCUGCUGUUUACCUACUUUGGUCUCGCUAAUUUCUAUCUCGCUUUCUACUUCAUUGCUGGUUCUUUGACUGAUCCGAAGCUGGAUCCGUUCGGUCAUAACAUGGGCAAAUACAUUUUCAUUGUUUUGAAAUAUGCCUGUGUUCUCGUCAUGUGUCUGCAAUUCAUUAUCUCCUUGGGUAAUCGACCGCAGGGUGCUAAAAACUUGUACCUCUCUGGUAUCAUCAUUUACGCUAUCAUCAUGUUCUACACGGUUUUCUGUGCCCUCUACCUGGUAGUCAAAGAGCUACUCGCACGAGCAGGCGUUGGCAACGACCACAUGGAAGUCGGCGAUGGACUCAUGAUGAACAUCGUACUUUCCAUGUUAUCCACCGUCGGCCUCUACUUCUACAGCUCCUUCCUCUACCUCGACCCCUGGCACAUGUUCACCUCCUCAAUCCAAUACUUCCUCCUCAUGCCCAGCUACAUCUGCAUCCUGCAAGUCUACGCCUUCUGCAACACCCACGACGUAACCUGGGGAACCAAGGGCGACAACGUCAUCAACACCGAUCUCGGUGCCGCAAAGGUCAUCAACGGCUCCACCGUCGUCAUGGAAAUGCCCUCCGAGCAACUCGACAUCGACUCCGGCUACGAUGCCGCCCUGCGCAACCUCCGUGAUCGUCUCGAGGUUCCCGAGCCCCCAGCCUCCGAGUCCCAGAUGCAGGAAGACUACUACCGCGCUGUCCGCACCUACAUGGUCUCCAUCUGGAUGGUGGCUAAUGUCAUCCUCGGUAUGGCGGUCUCGGAGGUAUAUGGCAUCGAUGCCGGCGGUACAAAUGUGUACCUCGCUAUCAUCUUGUGGUCUGUGGCUAUCCUUGCUGCAAUUCGUGCUAUUGGCUCGACGACCUAUGCUAUUUUGAACGUCGUUCAGAAAAUCGUUGAAGGGAAGACCAAGUUCGAUGCGGGGAAUAUGACCAACUUUGCGCCCAGCUCUUACGGUGGUUCGAGUAUUGGCACGGCAUCGGAAUCCCGUGCGACUGCUGCGCGUCCUGUUCGCUAUGGCGGCGGGGCGUCGGUUAAGGAUAAGCUGGCUGAGGCUAAGUGGGCUGCUGGAAGAGCGGUUGGAAAGGCUAUGUUCUGGCGGAAGUAG